UCCAAAACUGCGAAACGGCCCUUCACCGAAACUCAGAUCCCGCCGUCACAAAUUCCGUCGAGCGGGAGACGUCCGAAAUCCGAAAAUUCCCCAAUCCUCUUCCAACCCUAGCUCCCUUUCCCCUUCCCGCUUCCAAGCACCCUCACUGCCCGCGGUCCACGCCCAUUGGACCCCGAGCCACCAUCCCGCAAGAACACCUCGUCUCGCCCAGUAGCUUCGUUGUCUGAGGCGGAGUCAUGGAGGACGGCAGCGGCGGCGCUGGCGGCGAGGGGAGCACGAGCGGGGGCAGGUUCCCGAUACUGCAGGCGAACCGGGACCCGGAGUCGAACUGGGAGGUGGACGUCGCCAAGAGCCUCGAGGAGUAUCUCCUCAAGAUCUGCUCAGGCGAGAUCUCCGCCGAAGACGGGGCCCACAGCUUCAACUUCGCCGAAGCUGCCCUAUUGCUCCAAGGAUCAGUUCAAGUUUACAGCCGCAAGGUGGAGUACUUGUACUCAUUGGUGCUACAUGCGCUGGAAUUUCUCUCGCAAAAUAAGCAAGAUCAACAAGAAAAGGGUUCUGCUGAAGCUAACGAAAAUGGUCCUAGCGCUACUGCCAACAAAGAAGAUGAUAUUUGUAUGGGUUUAGAUGAUGUCCCAGGGGAAACAAGGACCACCUUGGAUAACAAUCUUGACCGGGAUGAUCUGCAUAGAAAAAUUGUGAGGCCACCAGCAAAUCUUAUGGUGUUUGAAGGAGACUGUGUCGAUAGCGAAGCAAGCGAGCUGGAUUCAUAUUUGUUAGCAACAUGUGGUCUCUACGGAGAUAUCCGUCUGCUGGAUCCAUGUGACGCACCAGCUGUUUCUGAAUUUUUGCAAGGAAAAAAAACAUCCAAAGAAGACAUUUUGGCUCACAGACGGAGUCCUGGGAAAGCCCGAAACAAUGUCUUCACUUCCCCAAAUGUAAAAUCCGGGGGUACUGCUCGUAGACGAACCCCUGGGAAAGCCCGAGAUGAAAAUAUAGAUCCAACUCAGGACAGCGAGCAAUUUCGUGAAAUGAUCGCAGAUCAUAGUCAAGAAGAUAGAUGGCCUGAUGAUCCUGUUGACCACAAUUCUCCUAUCAUCAUGCCACCGCCAGAUGAUGAAGACCCUGGGUGCCCAGAUCUUGGGGAUGAUUCUGAUGACGAGGAUCCAUAUAAAUCUUUGGAUCCGCAUGAACCUAGCAACCUGAAGAUCAAGCCUUACAAGAGAGUAAAAGCUUUUUCAAGGAAAGUUAUUGGCGCUCCAAAGAAGAAAACCCUUGCAUCUAUCUUUCCUGUGGCAAAAAAGGAUGGCGUUGUUAGUCCUGAACUAACAAAAUAUUUUGUAGUACAAAUGUCUCAGCAGGAAAAACCUGAUGCCUCCCAGUCAGUUCCUCUUUAUGAAAAGCUUAGAGGGUCAUUUGAAACUAGUGAAGUAAAUUGCCAUACAUCUGGAGAUUUAAAGGAUGACAAACAGACCAAUAAUUUUGAUGAUAUUGAUGAGCCAGACACCACAAAUGAUCCAUAUGGCAUGGAUAUUGAUGAUGACAUGCCAAGCUACUCGGAUAAGAUCGAUGAUGACGUGGCUCCAGUUACACAGGACAGCAUGGAUGGACAUAAAAGCCUUGAUGAUUUGUGUCGGUCACAUCUGGAUGCUCUCCUUGCUAGCAUAGCUGAGGCUGAACAACAUACCGAGCUGGAUGCACGAGUUUCAACAUGGACAGAGCGAAUAGAGCUUGCCUUGGAAGAGCAGGAUAGAAAUCCUCCUUUUGAUAUCGGGUUAUAUGGAGAGCAGAUCCUCGACACACUCUCGUCAAGAAGUGCUACAGGGACUGCAUCAUUCGGUGAGAUUGUUAGCAGCAAACCAAAGUAUGAGGUUUCAAGAACAUUCUCUGCCCUUCUCCAGCUGGUGAACGGCAGAAGUGUUGAUCUGAACAAAGGACAAUCUACAAAUGACUUGGUUUGCUACACAGCUGUCAAUCCAUUCCAUGUAAAACUGAUUGGUCCCAACCGUAGACCAGAGAUGGAGGCACGUUUCGCACGCAAGAGAGUCAAGUCCCCUCAAAGAAGUUGUGGUGAAGAGGGCGAGCCCUCUCGGGUACAACCAAAUUCCUCUAAGAAGCAGCCACCUAAAAAUGGCAAGGUUUCAGUUAAGGCAUCAGUCAGAUUGACUCCUGAAGGAAAGCGAAGGCGAAAGUCUGCUCAACUGCUGCAGCCAUUCAAUCUGGAAUCCAGCUGAUGCAAAUGAAUGGCAGACUGACUGACCUUAAAGAGCAUUAGCAGUCUAAUUUUUCUCUUGUAUUGCUGAGUUUCUCGCCCUUUUCCUGAUCAAUGUUGUUGAUAGUCUAGCCGAUGGCAGUGGUUAAUAAAAAGGGCCUAGCUAGAGUAUUAGGUUUUGAAUUAGGCCCUAGCUAGAGUAAUAGAUGGUGUAUAUGUACAAUUGAUCAUUGUGCUGUUAUGUAUGUAUAUUGUUGAUAUCGACCCAAAUGUAAUGUUAACUGGCAACGUAUUUGGGCCAGUAUUGGGCACAUACAAUCAUUUGAUAUUCAGUCAUCAACGUUUUUUGGUA